AUGCAAGUGCCGGUUCUCGGCUGCACUUUCCUCACGCUGUCAGAUCGUGAGGAAAGUACUGCCGAGAACCGGCAGUUGUCAGAGCGGGGAUCGGCACCGAUCAUCAGGGCACUGAUGAUCAGUGCCCUGAUGAUCGGUGCCCAGCAGUGCCACCCGCAAGUUCCGCCCACCUGUGCCCAGCAUUCCACCUACCUGUGCCCAGCAGUGCCACCCACCUGUACCCACCCACCUGUGCCCACCAGUGCCACCCACCUGUGCCCACCAGUGCCAACCACCUGUGCCCACCCACCAGUGCUGCCCACCAGUGCCAUCCACCAGUGCAGCCCAGCAGUGCUGCCAGUCAGUGCCACCAGUCAGUGCCCAGGGGUUGUGCCAGUCAGUGCCGCCAGUCAGUGCCCAGCAGUGAUGCCAGUCAGUGCC